AUGAAAGUGUGGGUCCUCACAGGAGACAAAAUGGAGACUGCUGCUGCCACCUGUUACGCCUGCAAACUGUUCAGAAGAACCACGCAGCUGCUGGAGCUCACAACAAAGAAGAUAGAGGAACAAAGUUUACAUGAUGUGCUGUUUGAGUUAAGCAAAACAGUCCUGAGGCACAGUGAGAGCUUACCGAGAGACAAUUUCUCAGGGUUUUCAGCCGAUUUCCAAGAUUACGGUUUAAUUAUUGAUGGAGCCGCACUUUCAUUAAUAAUGAAACCUAGAGAAGAUGGGAGCUCUACAAACUACAGAGAGGUUUUCCUCGAUAUCUGCAGGAACUGCAGUGCCGUUCUGUGUUGCCGGAUGGCCCCUUUGCAGAAAGCACAGAUCGUCAAACUAAUAAAGACAUGUAGAGAACAUCCAAUUACACUGGCCAUAGGAGAUGGUGCAAAUGAUGUCAGUAUGAUCCUUGAAGCACAUGUUGGCAUUGGUAUUAUUGGUAAAGAGGGAAGACAGGCAGCCAGGAACAGUGACUAUGCAAUACCUAAAUUUAAACAUUUAAAGAAGAUGCUUCUUGUUCAUGGUCAUUUUUAUUAUGUUAGAAUAGCAGAGCUGGUUCAGUACUUUUUU